AUGGUCGACAACAAGACCUUCCUGUCCAAAUUCCGCAAAAACACCACGUCGCUUUCGACCAUCCCGCUUCUGACCAGGGUCCACACGAACGACACGACGAAAUCGGACCAGUCGACCAUUUUCUCUGCAGACUCGGCAGAGACCGCAGCCACCGAUGUCUCGGCUCCCAGACGGUUUUUCAGAAUAAGGACCAACUCGCUGACAAGCGAGCUGAUGGUGCCCGUGGUGCCGCCGUCGCCAAAGAAAGACCCCGAAAAGCUGCGUGAGAUCAAAGACAUUGCGUUCGAAGUGACUCCGCGCAAGCCCCAGAAAAGAAAUGUCCAUCCGCUGGACCAGCCCGUCCUGGGCAGAAGACAGACAGAAGCCACAGAAGCAAACACGGACAACAACAUACAGAACGCUGCAGAUAUACUUGUAACUCUCGUGAAACUCGUCGUUCAAGCUGUGCGAGUGCUGUGGAACCUCGAUCUGUUUAUCAACGUCGCGCUCACAAAGGACAUCACGACGCGCGUUCACGUGCCGUCGCUGGUUGUCGGGCUGCUGGUUGUGUACGUGCUCUGCUCGUCGCCGAGCCCGCGGUACUACCCGCAAGCGGUGCAACCAUCGGGAACGCCACGAUGGUGGCAGUUCUUUUUCUUUGUGGCGGUGCUGGCCGUAGCGGUGGUGAAACUAGGCCAGGCACCUGAGAUGAGACGCGCUGCAGCGGCCAACGCGCCAGCGCGCGACGAGGACGACGGCCUUGCGCGGAGCGAGAGUUUCCAGUACGAAGGGUUCGUCCGGCGAGCAGCACGUUACGAGUAA